CACUAGACCAGACAGGCAGAACUUUCUUAACAACUUUCAAGGCCCUUAGCUGGCCAACCCGUUGCCUACUUCUGCAAAGCAGAGUAGCGCGGUUCUACCGACCCUCGCUUCGGUCCAAAGGUUUUGAGAAGGAUGUCUGCCGACGCCGACGUUAACCUGGUGAUUCGGAUUGAGGAGGUCAGCUCGAAGAUUGCUGAGCUGCCGGAGUCGAAGGCUUCCGCUGAGAUCAUCGCUAAGGUCGCCAGCGGCGAUGCCUCGGCGGCUGAUGCCCUCGCGGCCCACCUGAAGAAGGCUGGUGCCAAGGGCUUCGGUGCCACCGCUGCCCUGAAGGCGGCCAUCGAGGACAAGGCCAACCCCGCUGCCCGUCAGGCUGGUCUUGCUGCUUACCAGGCCAUCUGCGACAACAUCGGCAGCGCUGCUGAGCCCUUCCUGGCCCCCCUGCUGCCCGCCGUGCUGGAGCAGUGCGGUGACAAGAAGCCCGAGGUGAAGGCCGCCGCUGAGGCCGCCUCCAAGGCGCUGAUCAGCAUCAUCAACCCCCACGCCGUGUACACCAUCCUGGGCUACCUGUUCGAGUGCAUGGACGCCAAGAAGCACCCCGCCACCAAGGAGGCCUCGCUGCUGCUGGUGAAGCAGCUGGUGGGCAUGCACCCCAAGCAGAUUACCCGCGCCCUGCCCGACAUCGUGCCCGCCGUCUCCGGCUGCAUGAACGACUCCAAGCAGAGCGUCAAGGACGUGGCCACCGAGACCAUGAAGGAGGCCUGCACGCUGGUGGGCAACCGCGACAUCAACGCCAUGGUGCCCCUGAUCAUCCGCUCCAUCAACCACCCCGAGGAGGUGCAGGAGACCGUGCACAAGCUGGCCUCCACCACCUUCGUGCAGGCGGUUGAGGCCCCCGCCCUGGCCAUGAUGGUGCCCCUGCUGCUGCGCGGUCUGCGCGAGCGCGUGACCGCCAUCAAGCGCAAGGCCGCCGUGGUGGCUGACAACAUGGCUAAGCUGGUGGACAACCCGGCUGAGGCCCUGGUGUUCCUGCCCCGCCUGAUGCCUGAGAUCGAGAAGGUGGCCAACGAGGCCGCUGACCCCGAGCUGCGCAAGGUGUCGAACAGCGCCAUCAAGACGCUGCAGCACAUCGAGACCGAGGGCAAGGCCAAGCUGGCCAAGACCCUGGACAAGGGCGCCGCCCUGAAGACCCUGCACGACCUGCUGGCGGCCACCGCCGAGGGCAAGAAGGGCCUGGUCCCCGAGGCCUACCCCGUGCUGGACUACGCCGCCGCCCUGUGCGCCAACCUGACCAACAACAAGAACUUCGAGAUUGAGGAGUGGCGCGACAAGGUGAUCGGCACCUACCUGGGCGUGUUCGUGUCCAAGGACACCCUGGCCCCCAUCGCUCAGACCCUGGCCGACAAGUGCUUCGCCGAGGUGCAGGUCAAGUCCACCGAGUACUUCGACGACGAGGAGGGCGAGGAGCUGUGCAACUGCGAGUUCUCGCUGGCGUACGGUGCCAAGAUUCUGCUCAACAACGCCGCGCUGCGCCUGAAGCGUGGCCGCCGCUACGGCCUGUGCGGCCCCAACGGCGUGGGCAAGUCCACGCUGAUGCGCGCCAUUGCCAACGGCCAGGUGGACGGCUUCCCGCCCAAGGACGUGCUGCGCACCGUGUACGUGGAGCACGACAUCGACGGCUCGCUGUCGGACCUGAACUGCGUGGAGUUCGUCUUCGCCGACGAGAACCUGCAGGCCGCCGUGAACACCACCAAGGAGCAGGUGACCAGCAUGCUCUCGUCCGUCGGCUUCACCGAGGAGCUGCUGAACAAGGCCGUGGGCUCGCUGUCCGGCGGCUGGAAGAUGAAGCUGGCGCUGGCCCGCACCAUGCUGAUGAAGCCCGACAUCAUGCUCCUGGACGAGCCCACCAACCAUCUGGACGUGCACAACGUCAAGUGGCUGGAGGACUACCUGGUGGGCCUGGACGAGGUGUCCUCCAUCAUUGUGUCGCACGACUCCGGCUUCCUGGACCACGUGUGCACGCACAUCAUCGACUACAACAACCGCAAGCUGCGCGUGUACAAGGGCAACCUCUCGAAGUUCGUGGAGCAGAAGCCCGAGGCCAAGGCCUACUACGAGCUGACUGCCUCCACCCUGACCUUCAAGCUGCCCGAGCCCGGCUACCUGGAGGGUGUCAAGACCAAGGACAAGGCCAUCCUGAAGGCCGACCGCGUGUCCUACAAGUACCCCAACACCGACCGCAUGAUCUUCGAGGGCGCCACCGCCUACUGCACCCUGUCGUCGCGCGUGGCCUGCAUUGGCCCCAACGGCGCCGGCAAGUCGACCCUGAUCAAGGUGCUGACCGGCGAGGUGGAGCCCGUGGCCGGCACCGUGUGGAAGCACCCCAACCUGCGCAUCGCCUACGUGGCGCAGCACGCCUUCCACCACCUGGAGAAGCACCUGGACAAGACUCCCAACGAGUACAUCCAGUGGCGCUUCGCCCCCGGUGAGGACCGCGAGGCCCAGGAGAAGGAGACCCGCCUGACCGAGGAGGAGCAGAAGAAGCUGCAGGAGAACAAGGUGCAGAUCGGCGACGACCCGAAGGUCAAGCGCUCGGUGGAGAAGCUGCUGGCUCGCCGCAAGCUGAAGAAGUCGUACGAGUACGAGGUGCAGUGGGCCAACACCGCCGCCGACCAGACCAGCUGGCUGCCCCGCGACACCCUGGUGGAGCUGGGCUACGAGAAGCUGGUGAACGAGCUGGACAUCAAGGAGGCCGCCGCGCUGGGCCUGUUCACCCGCCCGCUCACCACCGCCUCGAUCCAGAAGCACCUGGAGGACCUGGGCCUGGAGUCGGAGUUCGCCCUGCACAGCCACAUCCGCGGCCUGUCGGGCGGCCAGAAGGUGAAGGUCGUGCUGGCUGCCGCCACCUGGCAGAACCCCCACCUGAUCGUGCUGGACGAGCCCACCAACUACCUGGACCGCGACUCGCUGGGCGCUCUGGCCGGCGCCAUCAAGGACUUCGGCGGCGGCAUCGUCGUCAUCUCUCACCACAACGAGUUCGUGUCCGCGCUGUGCAAUGAGCGGUGGAUCGUGGGCGGCGGCAAGAUGGUGCGCGAGGGUGACAACCUGAUCGCCAUUAAGGAGAAGGUGGAGAUCAAGCAGCAGGAUGAGGUGAUUGACGCCUUCGGCAACACCAUCAAGGUGAAGGGCCCCAAGAAGGAGAAGAUGUCGAACAAGGAGAAGAAGGCGCUGGAGAAGCUGCGCAAGGCGCGCAAGGAGCGUGGCGAGGUCGUGACCGACUCCGAGGAGGAGUGCUAAACGGGCUGCUUGGGCGAAAGCGAGGACAGAGGCGUGGCGGGGGAGGAGCGCGCCGCAGCGCUGCUUGCGUGGCGUCGUGGCGCGGCUUCCCGUCCGCCCUGCUGCUUGCAGCCGAGCGGCCGCCGGCCCGCUUGGGCGGGCGGCGUGCGCGCGGGCUGCUGCUGCACUGACUGGCCUGGCGCUGGCGCAGAGGAGGCGGGUUUCUUGGGGGGCCUGGGGUGGCGGCCGUGAGGGACGGCGCCGCCUGCCUGAGGUGCGUGAUUGCGGUGCCCACAGUUGGGGGCGGGUGUUGCUGAGCCGUGAGUAUGUCGAGUCGCACGGUGAUGGGGCGCCUGUGCUCGCUGGGGCGUAAGCCGCCGCGUGCUGCUUGACGGCGGGAGGUGUGUGCGGCCCUCCUGCGGCCUGCCACGUAUGGGAGCCCCGCGGCUUGCCCUUCGUACAGCGUUGGCCCUUGUGUACAGUCGUUCCGUUUGUCGUUAUGUCGACCGGUUAGUCGGGUGACGUAGGGGGCCGUGACGCGAGCCCCAGCCUAAUACAAGCCCUCGUGCCUGUGUGUGGAGGUCACCCACCUAGAAGAGCCACAUCGUGAGUGUGCAAGUAUGGAACCGGCGCCGGCUUUGCGCGCUCGCACGCCCUCACCCGCAGUGGAGGGGCGGGCGGCGCGGCGCACGAAGUGCGUCUGGCGGCCGGGGCGCAGCUGCUAGUGAAAGGGUUGGGAAGCGCUGGUUGUGCGACAUGAGUAUCCGGAGAGGGGCAAGUGCCCAACACUUCUUGAGGUGCGGUCUGGUGUGCCGCCUCAGAAUUAACUGACAAGACCUUCCGCUGGAUUUCCGCAGUGGUGUUACAGGAGAGUAGGGAGCAGUGGGGCGAUGGAUCUCGAGAGAGGACCUAAGACUGAACAUACAGGCUGUAACCAAAGCCGAAUGCUCUGCCCCGGCGGUCCAGAUGAUGAAGCAGGAUGAAGAUUGCAAAAGAAUGGUUAAGAGAUUCAGGUUGCGAAGGCUACAUGCCUACAGCCACUCACUAAACUGGGGUACUGACCGCGCACCCAGCGGCAUGGAUGAGAGGGCAGGGCGACGUGGGAAAGAGCUACCAUGCUCUCGGGCUGAACCACAUCUAAUCCCGUC